GCGGCGGUGACGGCGCUUCCCGUGCGGCCGGGGACGCUCCGCCAGUGAGCGCGGAGACGGGUUCCUCUCGGGCGGGGUGGGGGUGCGCCGAUCCCGGCCCUGCUGCCGGGGCCGCGGAGCUUUCCGUCCCACCUCCGUCUGAACAGACCUUUCCUUCCAGCCCCUGACCCCCGCCCCUCCCGGUUUUCCCUCGCCUUGGUCGCAGAGGCCAUGGAGGACGAAGAGAGACAGAAGAAGCUGGAGGCCGGCAAAGCGAAGCUUGCCCAGUUUCGACAAAGAAAGGCUCGCUCUGAUGGACAGAAUUCUGCCAAGAAGCAGAAAAGAAAGAGAAAAACUUCAGGCAGUAAACAUGAUGUAUCUGGAUAUCAUGGCUUGGAUACUGAUCAAUCACAAUGUGAUGAGUUGUACAUAAAUAGUUCUCAGAGAGUAGGAUCAUCCGUGACUCCUGACUCCACAGUAACAAGACCUCUACAUAGAGAAAUUGUCAAGCAUGACCAGGUCUUCUCUGCUGAACCUGAAAGUGAAAUUUCAACCACAGCUGAAGAUUACAGUUCAGAGGUAAAUGGUUGCAGAUUUGUGAUGAGAACAGGAAAGCCUACAAAUGUAUUAAGGGAAGAAGGAUUUGAUGUUGAUGAUUCUUACUCUGGACAAGGAGCGCAGUACAGUCAGACUCAUCUAGAGAUGAUGGAAAGUGAAUUAGCUGGAAAACAGCAUGAGAUUGAAGAGCUACACAGAGAACUGGAAGAACUGAGAGCCACCUGUGGGACUGAAGGCCUGCAGCAGUUACAAGAAUUUGAAGCUGCUAUUAAACAAAGAGAUGGCAUCAUAACCCAGCUUACUGCUAAUUUACAACAAGCAAGAAGAGAAAAGGAUGAGACAAUGAGAGAAUUUUUAGAGUUGACUGAACAGAGUCAAAAAUUACAGAUUCAGUUUCAGCAUUUACAGGCUAGCGAAACUCUGAGAAACAGCACUCAUAGUAACACAGCUGCAGAUUUACUACAAGCCAAACAGCAAAUCCUCACUCAUCAGCAACAGCUGGAAGAACAAGACCAUCUAUUAGAAGAUUAUCAAAAAAAGAAGGAAGACUUCAAAAUGCAAAUCAGUUUCUUGAAAGAGAAAAUUAAAAUAUAUGAAAUGGAACAAGAUAAAAAAGUGGAAAACUCAAAUAAAAAAGAAAUACAGGAAAAAGAGGCAAUCAUUGAAGAAUUAAAUACAAAAAUAACAGAAGAAGAAAAAAAAACUCUUGAGCUAAAGGAUAAAGUAACAGCUACUGAUAAAUUACUAGGAGAAUUACAAGAGCAAGUUGUACAAAAGAACCAAGAGAUAAAAAACAUGAAAUUAGAGCUGACCAAUUGUAAGCAAAAAGAAAGACAGUGUUCUGAGGAAGUAAAACAGUUAAUGGGGACAGUGGAAGAACUUCAGAAGAGAAAUCAUAAAGAUAGUCAAUUUGAAACUGACAUAGUACAAAGGAUGGAACAGGAAACACAAAGAAAGUUAGAACAACUCCGGGCAGAGCUGGAUGAGAUGUAUGGGCAGCAGAUAGUGCAAAUGAAACAAGAAUUAAUAAAACAACAUAUGUCACAAAUAGAGGAGCUGAAAACACAACAUAAGGGAGAAAUGGAGAAUGCUUUGCGGUCUUAUCCACAUAUUACAGUUAAUGAAGAUCAGAUAAAGUUAAUGAAUGUGGCAAUAAAUGAACUGAAUGUAAAAUUGCAAGAUACUAACUCUCAAAAGGAAAAACUUAAAGAAGAACUCAGAGUAGUUUUGAGAGAAAAGUCCGAUUUACAGAGACAGCUGGAAGACCUUUUUGAAGAACUGAGUUUUUCAAGGGACCAAAUUCAGAGAGGUAGACAGACAAUAGCUGAACAAGAAAGUAAACUGAAUGAAGCACGUAAGGCCCUUAGUACAGUGGAAGAUUUGAAAGCCGAAAUCGUUUCUGCCUCUGAAGCCAGGAAGGAACUAGAAUUAAAACAUGAAGCAGAGGUCACAAAUUACAAGAUAAAACUUGAAAUGUUAGAAAAAGAAAAGAAUGCUGUAUUAGACAGAAUGGCUGAAUCACAAGAAGCUGAAUUAGAGCGUCUGAGAACACAGCUUCUAUUUAGUCAUGAAGAAGAACUUUCCAAAUUGAAGGAAGAUUUAGAAAUUGAACAUCAAGUAAAUAUUGAAAAACUUAAGGAUAACUUAGGCAUUCACUAUAAACAGCAGAUAGAUGGCUUACAGAAUGAAAUGAGUCAAAAGAUAGAAACCAUGCAGUUUGAAAAAGAUAAUUUGAUAACUAAGCAAAAUCAAUUAAUUUUGGAAAUAUCAAAGCUAAAAGAUUUACAGCAGUCCCUUGUGAAUUCAAAGUCAGAAGAAAUGACUCUUCAAAUCAAUGAACUUCAAAAAGAAAUUGAAAUACUCAGACAAGAAGAAAAGGAAAAGGGUACACUUGAACAAGAAGUUCAAGAAUUACAACUUAAAACAGAAUUAUUGGAGAAACAAAUGAAGGAGAAAGAGAAUGACCUUCAAGAAAAGUUUGCACAACUUGAAAUGGAAAAUAGCAUUCUUAAAGAUGAAAAGAAAGCCCUUGAAGAGAUGUUGAAAAUAUAUACUCCUGUUAACCAAGAAGAAAGAUUGAUUUUCAUAGACUCCAGUAAGUCUAUGCCCAAAGACUGUAACUGGCAAAAAGAAAUAAAAAUACUUACAGAGGAAAACGAGGACCUCAAACAACAGUGUAUUCAGCUAAAUGAAGAGAUUGAAAAGCAAAGGAACACUUUUUCAUUUGCUGAAAAGAACUUUGAAGUUAACUAUCAGGAGUUACAGGAGGAAUAUACUUGCCUUCUCAAAGUAAAAGAUGACUUAGAAGACAGUAAAAAUAAACAAGAGUUAGAGUAUAAAAGUCAGCUUAAAGCACUUAAUGAAGAGCUUCAUUUGCAAAAAACAGAUCCAACUGCAGUGAAAAUGAGGCGUUUUGUGUUUGAUGACAAGGCUUUUACAGCAGAACCAGGGGAAACCGGUGAGGUUGUAGAGAAAGACACAACAGAACUCAUGGAAAAACUUGAGGUAACCAAGCGAGAGAAAUUAGAGCUCUCAAAGAGACUGUCUGAUCUUUCUGAACAAUUGGAACAAAAACACGGUGAGAUUAGUCUUCUAAGUGAAGAAGUUAAAUCUUUAAAGCAAGAGAAAGAACAAGUUCUAUUAAGAUGUAGAGAGCUAGAAAUCAUAAUCAACCAUAAUAACAGGGCAGAAAAUGUAAAUGUACAUGAUGUUCAGCCGAGCUCUUUAAUAAAUGGAGUAGUGACUGUCACAAGCAGUGAUUCUGGAGGAUCCGUUUCUAAAAUACAUAAAGGGUUUGGUGAAGAAUCAGAAAUAACGUCUACAGAUAAACUGCCUUUUGAAAAUAUGACUGUGAGAAAAGAAAAGCAAGAACAGUUGUUUUUGGAUGAUUUGCCAUCAGUAACAGAUGACUCAUCACCGUGGGCGAGUGAACCCAGUGAAAAUGAUCAACUUCAGAGGGAACUCAGUGUACUUAAAUCAGAACAGAAUGAUUUAAGGCUACAAAUGGAAGCUCAACGCAUAUGCCUCUCUCUGGUUUAUUCAACUCAUGUGGAUCAGGUUCGUGAAUAUAUGGAAAAUGAAAAAGAUAAAGCUCUAAGCAGUCUGAAAGAGGAGCUUAUUUCUGCUCAAGACGAAAAGAUCAAGGAACUUCAGAAAAUACACCAGUUAGAGCUACAGAAUAUAAAAACACAAGAAACAGGUGGUAAAGCAAAGCCUUUACAGACGCUCAUUGGAAAACUUCAAAAUGCAGUGUCUGAAGAAUAUUCUAGUUUUUCACAGACUUUAUGCAGUGUUCUUGGUGAAUCUUACACUCCUGCUUUAAAAGAUAAAGUAAACAUAGAAGAGAGAGAGAAUUUUGAUGUUUAUACUUCUGAAAAUCAAGAACUAGAAUUGCAAGAUUAUAGAUGUGAAUUUCAAGACCUUCAAGAAAACAUGCAAACUCUUCUCAGCAAAGUAACAGAAGAAUACAACAAACUCUUGGUGCUUCAGAAACGAUUAAGUAAGAUUCAGAGAUGGCAAACAGACGGUAUAAAACUUGAAUUUGCAGAAGAAAACCUGCCAAGAGAGGAAAUGGAGUUUUUAUCAACCCAUUCUCAGAUAACCAGCUUACAAGACAUUGAUGUCAAUCAUAAAAGCAAGGUGUCUUCUCUGCAAGAUAUUGAAAAAAUUAAGCAACUUGAAGAACAAGUGCAAACAUUAGAAAACCUCAUAUCCUCUUUGCAGCGACAGUUGAAAGAAACUGAAGAAAACUAUGGAACAGAGAUUCAUCAUUUGCAGGAGAGACUUCAAGCUAUUAAUGAGCCCACAGUUCAGCCAAGCUUCUCCAUUGAUUCAGUGGUAAUUACAGAAUCUGAUACACAGAGGAAAAUGUAUCCUGGAAGUUGUCUAAAAGAGAAUAUUGAUGGUACAAUAGAGUUUUCUGAUGAAUUUGGAGUGAAACAGGAAACAAAUACAGUUAAAUUGCUGGAAAAACAGUACCAAGAACGAUUAGAAGAAGAAGUAGCUAAGGUCAUUGUAUCAAUGAGUAUAGCAUUUGCUCAACAAACUGAACUGUCUAGAAUAUCUGGGGGUAAAGAAAACACUACAUCAUCAAAACAAGUACAUCGUCUCUGCAAGCAGGAAGAACCACUUUAUUUUAAUGUGAUGAAAUUAUCGCAGGGUCAAGUUGGUUUUCAGACUUUUGAGGCAAUGGAUGUGAAAUUUAAAGAAGAAUUUAAGCCACUUAGUAAGGAGUUAGGAGAAGAUGGAAAGAAAGUUCUGUUAUCAAAUAAUGAUGAUCCUGAUGAUAUGCUGGAAUCAAAGGACCAUGAACUGACUAUUUCAGAAGAAAUACUCUACAAAGAUAAAACAUUUAUAGUCAGAGAAUCUAUCCGUGAUGAAAUUACGAUGCCAAGCAUGGAUCCUUCUAGACGGCUAACAGUAAAUGAAGAGCAGCUGGAAGAUAUGAGACAGGAGCUUGUACGACAAUAUGAAGAACAUCAACAGGCAACAGAACUAUUAAGGCAGGCACACAUGCGGCAGAUGGAGCGACAGCGAGAGGACCAGGAGCAGUUACAGGAAGAGAUUAAGAGACUUAAUAGACAAUUAGCCCAGAGAUCUUCCAUAGAUAAUGAAAACCUGGUUUCAGAGAGAGAGAGGGUGCUUUUAGAGGAGCUGGAAGCACUAAAGCAGCUGUCUUUAGCUGGAAGAGAGAAGCUGUGUUGUGAGCUGCGCAACAGCAGUACGCAAACACAGAAUGAAAGUGAAAACCAAGAGGAAGUCGAGGAACAGACAUUUAAAGAAAAGGAAUUGGACAGAAAACCUGAAGAUCUGCCUCCUGAUAUUCUGUCCAAUGAAAGGUAUGCACUCCAGAAAGCUAAUAACAGACUUCUGAAGAUCCUUUUAGAGGUUGUAAAGACAACAGCAGCUGUGGAAGAAACAAUUGGUCGCCAUGUUCUUGGGAUUCUAGACAGAUCUGGUAAAGGCCAGUCGUCUGCCACCCUAAUGUGGAGAUCAGAAGCAGAGGCUUCUAUAAAGUCAAGUGUCCAUGAGGAACACACAGGAGAUGAAUCCAUAUCCUCUUAUUCUGGAAGUGAUAUGCCAAGAAAUGAUACUAGCAUGUGGUCAAAAGUAACUGAAGAAGGAACAGAGUUGUCCCAACGGCUUGUGAGGAGUGGUUUUGCUGGAACUGAAAUAGACCCUGAAAGUGAAGAAUUUAUGCUGAACAUUAGCUCUCGACUACAAGCAGCAGUGGAGAAACUCCUAGAAGCCAUAAGUGAAACUAGUAGUCAGGUAACCUCUCUAUAUUGUAUAUUAGUAUUUAAUUUCUGUGAUUCGUAUUUUCACACCACAAAAACACCUGUAAAUACUUUUGACCUGGAUCUUGACCACUGUGUCAUUGAUGGCUAUGCAGAUGAAAAAACUCUUUUUGAAAGGCAAAUUCAGGAAAAAACUGACAUAAUAGAUCGUCUGGAGCAGGAGUUGUUGUGUGCUGGUAAUAGAUUAGAAGAACUGGAAGCAGAGCGGCAGCAGAUCCAAGAAGAAAGAGAAUUAUUGUCCAGACAAAAGGAGGCUAUGAAGGCAGAGGCAGGCCCAGUUGAACAACAAUUACUACAGGAGACAGAAAAACUAAUGAAGGAAAAACUAGAAGUACAGUGUCAAGCUGAAAAAGUGCGUGAUGACCUUCAAAAGCAAGUGAAAGCUCUAGAAAUAGAUGUUGAGGAACAAGUCAGUAGGUUUAUAGAGCUGGAACAAGAAAAAAAUGCGGAACUGAUGGACUUACGACAGCAAAAUCAAGCACUGGAAAAGCAGUUAGAAAAAAUGAGAAAAUUUUUAGAUGAGCAAGCCAUUGACCGAGAACACGAGAGAGAUGUAUUCCAACAGGAAAUUCAGAAAUUAGAACAGCAACUGAAGGUUGUACCUCGAUUCCAGCCUAUCAACGAACAUCAAACUAGAGAGGUGGAACAGUUAACAAAUCAUCUGAAAGAAAAAACAGACAAGUGCAGUGAGCUUUUGCUCUCUAAAGAGCAGCUUCAAAGGGACAUACAAGAGCGAAAUGAAGAAAUUGAGAAACUGGAGUUCAGAGUAAGGGAACUGGAGCAAGCCUUACUCGUUAGUGCAGACACUUUUCAAAAGGCAGAGGACCAAAAACAGUUUGGAGCUGCUAAAGCAGAAUUGUCACUGGAAGUACAAUUGCAGGCCGAACGAGAUGCCAUAGACAGAAAGGAAAAAGAGAUCACAAACUUAGAAGAGCAAUUAGAACAAUUUAGAGAAGAACUGGAAAACAAGAAUGAAGAAGUUCAGCAACUACACAUGCAAUUAGAAAUACAGAAAAAGGAGUCUACUACCCGCCUACAAGAACUAGAACAAGAAAAUAAAUUAUUCAAGGAUGAAAUGGAGAAACUGGGAUUUGUUAUAAAAGAAUCCGAUCCUAUUUCUACUCAGGACCAACAUGUGCUAUUUGGGAAAUUUGCUCAAAUAAUACAGGAAAAAGAGGUAGAAAUUGACCAAUUAAAUGAGCAAACUGCAAACCUUCGGCAGCAACUUAAAAGUGCAACAGAUAACAAGGUUAUUGAAGAGAAAAAUGACCUAAUAAGGCAUCUUGAAACCCAGAUAGAAUGUUUGUUGAGUGAUCAAGAAUGUUUAAAGAAAAAUAGAGAAGAGGAAAUAGAGCAGCUCAAUGAAGUGAUAGAAAAACUUCAACAGGAAUUGGCAAAUAUUGGACAGAAAACAUCAAUGGAUGCUAAUUCUCUUCCAGAAGAAGGAGAGAGUUUAAAACAUCAAUUGGAUAUAGUUACAGCUGAAAAGCUAGCUUUGGAAAAGCACGUAGAAGCUACUAAUGAAGAAAUGACCUUCAUGAGAAAUGUACUUAAAGAAACCAAUUUUAAAAUGAAUCAGCUAACACAAGAAUUAUGCAACUUAAAGAGAGAACAUGAAAAUAUGGAGAAAGUCCAAAGUGCACCAGAGAAGAGUGUUGACAUGACUAUAGAUGAUCUGAGAAAAAGCAAGCCUGCACUGCAAGUUCUUACAGAGGAUGAUCCUACACUCCUAGAAAAUCAGACUUACUUCAGAUCUUUUGAAGAAAACAGCAAAGUUUCCAUAAGUAAUUUGGGGAAAAAGUUGCUACAACUUGAGAGCACUGUUAGUGCAAAGGACUUAGAACUUAUCCAGUGUCACCAGCAAAUAAAAGACAUGCAAGAGCAAGGUCAGUCUGAAACAGAGAUGCUUCAAAAGAAGAUUUUAAAUCUGCAGAAAAUUCUUGAGGAAAAAGUAGCUGCUGCCCUUGUGAGUCAAGCCCAACUUGGGGCUGUUCAGGAAUAUGCAAAGUUCUGUCAGGAUAGACAAGCAGUGUCAUCCAAACCUGAAAGGGCAAAUGACCAGAAUUUAAAUCAACUAACAGAAGUCGAGAUUGGGUCAGAUGUAUCAGCGUUAACCUUGAGAAUAUCAGAAUUAGAAAGCCAAGUGGUUGAAAUGAGCUCUAGUUUGAUUUUAGAAAAAGAACACAUAGAGAUGGCACAGAAAAAUGCUUUGGAAAAAGAAAAGAAGCUGCUAGAACUACAGAAGCUGUUGGAGGAGAGUGAGAAAAAACAGGAAGAGAAAGAAAGAAAAAGAAGCCCUCAAGGAGAUUUUGAAGUUCUCAAGACAACUACUGAGCUAAUUAAUACCAGUGAAAAAAGUGGAUUUGCGGGAGAACUUGAGGUUCUUAAAGCCGAAUCAGUGGCUACCAAAGAAGAACUUGCCAGUUACAAAGAAAAGGCAGAAAAACUUCAAGAAGAGCUUUCGGUAAAAGAAACAAAUCUGGCAUCUCUUGAGAAAGAUUUAAGCCAAGUUAGGGAUCAACUUGCAGAGGCAGAAGAGAAGUUAUCCCACUUCUUAGAUAAAGAAGAUGAGACUAAAGUACAAGAAAACAGAAAGGUCUACGUAUUAGAGCCAAUUCAUAUUAAAGUAGGUAAAAGCUCUGCAUCCCAGACUGAGGGGAGCCCCAUCAAGGUCAAUAGCAGCAAUCAGACUCCACAAGUUCCUGCAAGAAAUGUAGGAAUCCAGAUUGAUUUGCGGAGUGAAUCUGAAGAAGUCACUGAAAUCAUCAGUCAGUUUACUGAAAAAAUUGAGCAAAUGCGAGAACUACAUGCUGCUGAAAUUUUGGAUAUGGAAUCCAGACAUAUUUCAGAAACAGAAACCUUAAAGAGAGAACAUUAUGUUGCUGUUCAGUUACUGACAGAGGAAUGUGCCACAUUGAAAGCAGUGAUACAGUGUGUGAAAACUAAAGAGGGAUCCUCAGUUCCUGAAUUAACACAUUCUGACACUUACCAAACUAGGGAAAUAUCUUCCAGUGAUUCUGGAUCAGACUGGGGCCAGGGAAUUUAUCUUACACACAGUCAGGGGUUUGACACAGCAUCAGAAGGCCGAGGAGACGAAGGUGAAAGUUCAACAGAUUCCUUUCCAAAGAAAAUAAAGGGAUUACUGAGAGCUGUCCAUAAUGAGGGCAUGCAGGUGCUUUCUCUCACAGAGUCUCCCUAUAGUGACGGAGAAGACCAUUCUGUUCACCAGGUUUCAGAAUCUUGGCUAGAGGAGAGAAGAGCUUACCUCAGUACAAUCUCAUCUCUUAAGGAUUUAAUUACCAAAAUGCAAGCGCAAAGGGAAGCUGAGGUUUAUGAUAGUUCUCAAUCUCAGGAGAGCUUCUCAGACUGGCGAGGUGAACUUCUGCUUGCCCUUCAACAAGUUUUCUUAAAGGAGCGCAGUGUUUUAUUAGCCGUGUUUCAGACUGAGCUGACAGCUCUGGGUACUAGAGAUGCAGUUGGAUUAUUAAGCUGUUUGGAACAGAGACUACGAGAACAGGGUAUUGAAUAUCAAGCAGCUAUGGAAUGUCUCCAGAAAGCAGAUAGAAGGAGUUUGUUAUCUGAAAUUCAAUCACUGCACGCCCAAAUGAAUGCUAGAAAAAUGACUCUGACAAGAGAACAAGAGAAUGAUAAACCAAGCCAUGAGCCUCUGGAGUGCAGCGCCCUGCAGAAGCAGACUCACAUGCUGGAGAUGCAGCGGGAGCUGAGCAGCGCUAAGGACAGAGCGGCAGAGCUGCAGGAGCAGCUGGGCGCCGAGAAGAUGGUGGCUGCCGAGCUGAAGAGCGAACUUGCACAGACUAAACUGGAGCUGGAGACAACACUCAAGGCACAGCAUAAGCACCUAAAGGAAUUAGAGGCAUUCAGGUUGGAAGUUAAAGAUAAGACAGAUGAAGUACAUUUGCUUAAUGAUGCAUUAGCAAGUGAACAGAAGAAAUCAAGAGAGCUCCAGUGGGCUCUGGAGAAAGAGAAAGCCAAAGCGGGGCGCAGUGAAGAACAGGACAAAGAAGAACUAGAGGAUCUGAAAUUUUCACUUGAGGGUCAGAAACAAAGGAAUAUUCAGCUAAAUCUACUCUUGGAACAACAGAAACAGCUACUAAAUGAAGCACAGCAAAAAAUAGAAUCACAAAGAGUACUCUAUGAUGCCCAGUUAUCAGAGGAACAGAGUCGAAACUUAGAGCUUCAGGUUCUUCUUGAAUCCGAGAAAGUUCGGAUUCGGGAAAUGAGCAGUACUCUGGACAGGGAACGGGAGUUACAUGCACAGCUGCCAAGCUGUGAUGACAGUGGGCAGCUGCGGCCGUCCUUACCCUCCGAGGACCUGCUUAGGGAGUUACAGAAACAACUCGAGGAAAAACACAGUCGCAUAGUAGAAUUGUUAGAUGAGACUGAGAAAUAUAAACUGGAUUCUUUGCAAACAAGACAGCAAAUGGAAAAAGAUAGGCAGGUUCAUAGGAAGACAUUGCAGACAGAGCAAGAGGCCAACACAGAAGGACAGAAAAAAAUGCACGAGCUCCAGUCCAAAGUGGAAGAUCUUCAGCGCCAGCUGGAAGAGAAAAGGCAACAAGUUUAUAAGUUAGACCUUGAAGGAAAGCGACUGCAAGGUAUUAUGCAGGAAUUCCAGAAGCAAGAGCUGGAACGAGAAGAAAAACAAGAAAGUAGAAGAAUUCUGUAUCAGAAUCUUAAUGAGCCAACCACAUGGAGCUUAACCAAUGAUCGAACUAGAAAUUGGGUGCUUCAGCAGAAAAUAGAAGGAGAAACAAAAGAAUCAAACUAUCCUAAACUGAUUGAAAUAAAUGGAGGAGGAACUGGCUAUAAUCAUGAAUUAGAAAGGAUCAGACAAAAGCUUCAACAUGUAGCUUCAAAACUACAGCAUCUAGUCCAGAAAGCCUCUAAUAGACUACAGUUUGAAACAGCAGAUGAUGAAGAUUUCAUUUGGGUUCAGGAAAAUAUUGAUGGAAUCAUUUUACAACUACAGAAAUUAACUGGCCAGCCAGGCGAAGAGCCCCGCUUGGUGUUCUCAAGUACUUCCUGUGGCUCAUUGACUGAAAGACUGCUGAGACAAAAUGCCGAGCUGACAGGACAUAUCAGCCAACUCACUGAAGAAAAGAAUGAUUUAAGAAACACGGUUAUGAAGCUAGAAGAGCAGAUCAGGUGGUAUCGACCAACAGGAGCUGGUAGAGAUUAUUCCUCUAGGUUUUCACUCAGUGGUGGUGCCAACAUCGAAGCCAUCAUUGCUUCUGAGAAAGAGAUAUGGAACAGAGAAAAGUCAGCUCUUCAGAAAUCCUUGAAAAGGGCAGAGGCUGAAGUGUGCAAGCUGAAAGCUGAACUAAGAAAUGAGGCUUUACUUCAGAAUCUGACCUCUGAUUCUGAACACAUUGCUUUAAAGAGAAUUUAUGGUAAAUAUCUAAGAGCAGAAAGUUUUCGAAAAGCUCUCAUUUAUCAGAAGAAAUACCUGCUGCUGUUACUGGGUGGGUUCCAAGAAUGUGAAGAUGCCACCCUGGCGCUGCUUGCCCGGAUGGGGGGUCAGCCAGUCUUCACAGAUCUAGAGGUGAUCACCAACCGGCCAAAGGGCUUCACCAGGUUUCGAUCAGCCGUCAGAGUGUCCAUUGCAAUUUCAAGAAUGAAAUUUUUGGUUCGACGAUGGCAUCGAGUCACAGGUUCUGGUUGCAUUAAUAUUAACAAGGAUGGCUUUGGACUGAAUCAAGGUGCUGAAAAAACUGACCCAUUUUAUCAUUCUUCUGGUGGGCUUGAGCUAUAUGGAGAGCCGAGACAAACUGCGUAUCGCUCAAGAUCAGAUCUGGACUAUCCUAGGUCUCCUUUACCAUUUCAAAAUAGGUACCCAGGCACUCCAGCUGAUUUAAAUCCUAGUUAUUUAGCAUGUUCUCAACUCCAGAAUUAUGAUCCUGACAGAGCCCUGACAGAUUAUAUCACUCGGCUAGAGGCACUGCAAAGACGACUUGGAACCGUACAAUCAGGUUCAACUACUCAAUUUCAUGCUGGCAUGAGAAGAUAAUCCUUUGAAACAUCAUUAAUUGAUGAUUUUAAACAAAUUUCCUUUUGUAAAUCAAUGGUUCUUUUGUGCUUUUGUAUUGUGAAUAUUCAAUGGGACCAGUACAAACACAGCUUAUGAUUGUAUACAAAUCCCUCACCAGAACAUGAAAACAAACUGGAAUUUGUAUAUAUAAACAUUGUGCGUAUUCAUGCACAGUAAUCAUUAAACUACAUGUAUAUUUGUGGAAUGCUAAUUUAAAACAUUAAAUUAUAAACCUUGUGUAUUUAUCAAAUGGAUGAAAAGAUUAAACUUUACACAUUAUAAUACUGCUGAAUGUGUAGCUGAGGUGUCCUGCACUUCUUACAAGGCUACUGAAGUUCCCUGUUUCUGCCUAAUAUAUUUGCUACUGGUGAUGAAGACAGAUAAUAUCACUUGUAGAGACCUAUUUUUGUAUAAUGGUAGAAGUUUUGAAUUUUAUGGGGUAUUUUGUCAAGUACUGAAAUAAAAAUGACUUCACCAUUUUCACCACA